AUGUCGCUCAACCGAACUGCGUCCAGGGUGACGCCUGUGCUUCUAAGGGGCGGUGCUAGAACUUUCCGGCGCACACCGCGCGCACACCGCGACAUACCUGCUAUCGCCAUUCUCAUCCCGCAUCGCUUCAGUAGCACAGAGACAUCGACUUCCGGUGGCGGCGCGAACUUCCCGCCCCCGGGCUUCAACUCCGAGCAGGCGAAGAAACCCCUGCCGAAGGAGCAGCAAAAGACCCCUUCGCAGGACAAGUCCGUGUCGGAAGCUAAGAACGAGUCGUCAACCAAAGAUCCUGAGAAGCCAGACACCGUCAAGGAGGCCACCAAGGCCCACAGGGAUGGAGCGACCUCAACCCCGAAGACGAAGACUGCCGAGGAUCAGUCCUUGAGCGAGUUGGCUGCAGAGAAGGCUGCGGCGGACAAGGCGGAGGACAAGAUGGUGGCAGAAAAGAAGAAGGAGGACAAAAAGCUUACAAUCUGGCAAAAAGUAAAGAAAGAGGUGGCGCACUACUGGGACGGCACGAAGCUGCUGGCUACUGAAGUCAGGAUUAGCUCCAAGCUUGCGCUGAAGAUGGCGGCCGGUUAUGAGCUUACGCGGAGAGAAAACCGACAGCUCCAGAGAACUGUUCAGGAUCUCGGACGGCUGGUUCCAUUCUCGGUCUUCGUCAUCGUGCCCUUCGCCGAGCUGCUUCUCCCUAUUGCCCUGAAGCUUUUCCCCAAUCUCCUACCGAGUACGUACGAGGGUCAGAAGAGCAAGGAUGCCAAGGCGACAAGCUUGCGUGCUACCCGUAAAGAAGUCAGCAACUUUCUGCGGCAGACAUUGAAAGAAACUGGCCUGCCAGUCACCGCAGCCAACGCUCAAAGGGAGGAGUUUACUGAGUUCUUCCGCAAAGUUCGCAGCACGGGAGAGUCCCCUACAAAGGCCGAUGUCAUCAAGGUCUGCAAGAUAUUCAAGGAUGACCUCACGCUUGACAACCUUUCCCGGCCACAGCUGGUCGGUAUGUGCCGGUACAUGAACCUCAAUACGUUUGGAACCGAUACGCUUCUCCGGUAUCAAAUCCGGCAUCGCAUGCGGCAAACCAAGCGCGACGACAAGGCGAUUUCUUACGAAGGGGUAGACUCCUUGUCGGUACCUGAGCUCCAAUCAGCCUGCGCUAGCCGUGGCAUCCGCACACACGGCGUGAGUCCCGCUCGACUUCGGGAGGAUCUACAGCUGUGGCUCGAUCUGCGGCUGAAGUACGGCGUGCCUUCUACCCUGUUGGUCCUUAGCAACGCUUUCAUGUAUGCUCAAGGCAAGGACACCGAGCUUGAUUCGCAAAUCGACGCCCUGCAAGCUGUGUUGGCCAGCAUACCCGAGGAGCUCUUCCACGAGAUCGAGCUCGAGGUGCACACAGCCGAGGGUGCAGCAACAAACAAGCAGCGUCUUGAGGUACUGAAGGAGCAGCAAGAGCUUAUCAAGGAGGAGGCCGAGCAGAGCCAAGUGACGCAGGGCUCAAGUUCGAGCACGCCCAAGGAUGAUCAAGACAUCGACGAGAAGGAGGAGAGGGAGGAGAGGGAGGCCGAGAAGGAGGCGGAUAUGAUGGUCGCCAAGGGCUCUGGUAAGGACUCCGAUAAAGCGUGA